UGUCGGCUGUAUUAAUUGCAGCGCGCCCGGUGUUUAAUAUAAAAUUUUACUGAUGUGUAAAGAUGUAGUUAUAUUUUAAACUUAAAAGCAACAUAUUAUAUGGUUAAUAUGGCUAAUUCAUAUGAGGACACAGUUGCAGACUUUGAUUUAAAUUUCCUACAGCCUGCGAUUCAGAAUGUGAGCAUUGCAAGAAUUGAAAAACAACGACAGUCUAUCAUAAAUGUCAAGAAUAAAAUCAUAGCAAGCCAUUGUCUUCUGAAAAAGUUUUACUUACAAAAAGACAAACUCGAUGAAACUGAAAGCUUGCUUUUAGCUUCAAAGGAGGAGUGUAAACAAGCAUGUAUUGAUUACAAAGUCACUUUAGAAAAAUGCAUACAAAUGGAAAAGGAUGUGGUAAAAUUAAAUGAAUGUAAAAAAGAAUUGGAACAAAAGCUAAAUUAUCUGGAUAACCAAUGUGAAGCAAUGCGGUCCCAUGCACACCAAUUACAAUUAUUGGUUAAAGAGCAUGAGUCUGUAAUAGAAGCUUUAAAUAUUGAGAAACAAUUGGAGACAAGUACUGUUAAGGAUUACCAGAAGAAACUCGCCUCACUUGAGAAAGAAAGAGAAGAAUAUUUAAUAGAUAUUGCAUGGAUGAGAGAUGUUAUAUUGGGUAAAAAAAAUUCGAAAUCUUGUAAGGAUAUCAUAAAUAAAUAUAAGGAUCUUAAGGGAUUAGACAAUAAUUUAGAUUCUGACAACAGUUGUGAUGAAAGUUUCCUUCAAGAUAGUCCUGUGGGUUCACCCAUUCAUAAUCAGCUACAAAACAAGUCUGAGCCCAUGACUUUUAGUGACAAAAUCAUUAAGGGAGCAAUUUUUGAAUCAGGUCCAAUUAAUAAAAUUAAAGAAUUGCUAAAUGAUAACUAUUACGAUUGUUGUAAUGAAGAAGUGAUCAGUGAAGAUACUGGCCGGGGAUCAUCAUUAGCAUUUUCUGAUGCAGAUAAAUUUUUAAAUAGUCCAGACUUAGGAUUUUCUACAGAAAGACACCACAAUGUGAUCAAUAAAGAAAACAUUAUCCAUGUUGAUGCAGCCACCAGUCCUAUUAGAAUAGAAGAAGGUUUUAGAUCAAGUCCUAACAUAUUUGAUGAUGAAGCCUUACUUAGUGAUAAGAACACAGGAAAAAGUCCUGAAUAUUUCAUAACAGACAUUCCUUUAAGCACAGAAAUAGUAACUAUAAAAGAAAAGAGACAAUUAGUAGAUGUUGGUACAAGUCCUAUCCACCGCUUCACUCCAGUUGAAACAUCAACAAGUCCUAUUCAUCUCUUCACUCUAGUUGAUACAUCAACAAGUCCCAUAUCUUUUGAAGUUUCUUCAGAUAGUUCAAAACUAGAAACUCAAAUUUUACCAACAAAAGAAGCAGAUAUCUCUAACAACUUACAUAAACAAAAUGUUUCUGUCGUUUGUCAAAAGAACAUUAAUACUCAAUCUAGUCGAAAAGAACUGGAAAUAUCUACAGAAACAUUAAAUUGUUUGGAAGAAAACAACAGUAAAAAAAUAUGUGAUGAAAUAAAUAAUGACUGUGAAGUGGAAAUGAUAUUACGUAAUAUGCGUUUGGAGCAUCCAUUAAUAACGCCUAUUCCUAGAACACCUGCAAUGUCUCACAAACAGCUACAAAAAGAAUCAAAUGUACUAUCUUUACAAAGUAAAACUCAAGACCAUGUUGGAUGUCCAGAUGCUUUAAAAAUAAGAGAAGAAAAUAAAGCAUUACAGGCUAAUAUAUCAUACCUUUGUAAAGAAAUUGUGCAAAUCAAAAAUAUUUUAAAAACAAAAAUGCCUGUUAAUUUCGAAAAUGUGCCAAAUUUAAGUAAAGAAUCAUGUCAAUUAUUUGAUGAGUGUAGUCAAGAUACCAUAAUUUUGACUAAUGAUAUUACAGUGUCUGAUGAUUCUAGAAUUGAAAGUAUACCAUCUAAUAAUUUAGAAACAAAUAUAGACAUUCAAAUUAAUUGCCCGUCUCCUCCUUUAAAUUUGGCUGAACAAAAUCCUAUUUACACAGAUAACCUUGAACAUGUAACACCACCACAACAGAGGGUGUGUAAGAACACAGAAAGGAACAGUCUGAAUUUUGAUGAAACAGCAUGUCAUGAUCAUAUUGAUGUGAUUGAAACAUCAUUAAUCAAUUCUGACAAUGAAGACAACAGUCAAUCAGAUUGCUUACAGGAUAUAUGUGAUAACAACAGAAAAUCCUGUACCAGUAGUACACUCAAAUUUCAAAAUGAUGUGUGUAAUACGGAAAUAGUUACAAAUAAUGAUUGUGAAAGCCAAGAACUCGAAGAAAGUCAUGCCAUAGAUUCUAAUAAUAGUAGGACAAUAAACAAAACUCGCAAACCAACUAAACUUGAUAGGUUUAAGAAGAAAAUUAUGCCUAGGUGUAAAAUUAGUGGAUCCAAUAGUCCAAUUUUGAGAAAAUUAAGAAAAAGAAAUAAGUUAAUUCCAAUAACAAACAAGGAAAAAAUAAAAAAAUCUUUGGAAAUUUUGAACAACAAAGAGGCUUAUGAUAAAGCCUUAAAAGUAAUGGCAGAAUUAAAAUCGAAAAAGAAUAUUGAACCGAAAAAAGAUUUCUGUAAGCCAAAUUCCAAAUUAAUGAGGACCAGUGACAAGAAACCUAAAGAAAAUAUAACUAAUGACAAUGAAAAGUCUUGCGAAUCUCAAGAAAAUGAAAUCCAGGUAAAACAACAGGAAAGGAACUCAGGAAAAGAUCUAGACAAAAUAAGAUUAGAUAACACCUGUGACAAUAAUUCAUUUGAUGGAGGAAAAGAGCCUUCCAAGUCCUGGAGUAAUAUUAAAGAGUCUGUACCUGAUAGUAUGAAUCAAACUAAAUCUAUUUCAACGCGCAGUAGGAGUAGAAUUUUGGCCAACACAGCAGAAAAUAAAGUAAAGAGUGACGUUGUUAUAAGUGAUAAUAAAAAUCAAGUUGACCUGAAGAUGCAAAACACCAGUCGUCGGAGAAAACGAAUUGAUUCUGGCAAUUCAGAUGUUAGUUGUAAAAGGAUGCUACGAAGUUCAAAUUCAGAGAAAACAGGAAGAAAAGAACUAAUCAACAAUAUAAGUCAUACCAUACCAGAAAGUGAGCAAGUAAACAUUGAUUAUUCUGACUUAGAUCUAUUUUCAACAAAUAAUGAAAUGCUUGUUGAAAAAGAGAAUAUGCACUGUGAUAAUAUGAAUUUGAAAGAAAGUGUUGAUGAGACUAAUAAACUUGAUAAAAAUACUAGCAUUAAUUCACCAAUAUCAAAACGGAGAUCAUUAAGGCUCAGUUCACAAAAUUCGGAUAAUACUAAUAAAAUAUUGUUACGCAGCACUAAUUUGGAAUCAGUUAAAGACAAUAACAUUAAAGUAGAUAUAUCGAAAAGCAGAAACGAACAAAAUGUUAAUGUUAAAGAUAAACAAGUGACUAACCCAACAUUCAAUGCUUCCAAAAGUAACAACGAUAACCAUAUACAGCAAUCAAAUGAAUCCAGUACUAUAAAUAAUCCCAGUAAUAGUAUUUUAUGUAAAAUGAUAAUGAAACAUGGAAAAGCUGCAUUCAAAAGUAAAUCUGCAAAAGUAACAGAUACAAUUGCGGACACAAUUUGCAAGAAACUCGAAAAUUCAAUAUCGCACAUUUUAGAAAGUCAACCUGACAAGAUGCAAUCGGCCAUUACUCAAUUCGUAGAAGAUAUGAGAAAAAUGAACGAAAAGAGCCUUUUGGCUGGGUUAAUAAAAUAUCUGCAAGAUCCAGCAAGAAAGCUUGAGCUGUAUAAUAAAGUUAAUUCUAAUGGACCCCUGGCUAUGACAAAGAGAGAACAAAUUAUAUUGUCUGCUCUCCAACAUUUAAAUACACCUGAAUAUAAUAUUGUGAAUAAUUUGCUAAGUAACAUCGAGUAUACAUUGUUUCGGCUGAACCAUUCACCAGAAUUCGACACAGUCGAGAGUCUUUCCCAUUUUUAUGCAGUGACAUGCAAAUUGUUCCACAUGAAAUAUCGGUUGAAAACAUUCAUACUAGAUGCUAUGUAUUGUCUUCAAUAUAAGGCAGUUGCUCUCAUCAAGCAAUGUCUUACUGCAUGGAUGCAUAUUUUGCCAAUGGCACACAUGAAAUAUGCAAAAACACCAUUGAUCACUUGUAUAGUUUAUUUGCUACACUUUUAUAAGUGUGAGGAUAAGUUCAACCGAGUCCAAGAUAUAAGGUGGAUACUGAACAAGAAAUACAUGUAUAAAUUUAGUGAAUGGAAUGAAACAAAAAUUCUGGAAAUGUUUAACAGUGCAAUUAAAAGUGUCAAAGAUGAUCAAUCCGAUAGGAACAUGUUAAGGAUAGCUUUAUUAAUAUUUGCAAAGCGCCAUGGACCGAAAUGGUGUCAAAAAAAUGUAAUAAACAAUAUGCUUUUACCACUGAUAGAGGCUGAAAAUACUGCAGAAAAAGUAAAGAUAUUCUGCAUAGAAAUGUUGGGACCACUCCUCAAACCAUAUCCAGCUGAUAUGAAAGUACACUGUGAAAUUAUUGUUAAUCAACUGUUAGAUAUGUUGGAUCAAGGUGACUUGUCGCAUGGUAUUAAAGAAGCAAUUUUCACGAGUUUGAUUUACAUGAGCAAGCAUAACCCACCGCGUGUAACUAAAGCUCUGUUGUCAUGGCAACCUGACAAGAUAUCUUCGGAACUAGAAAUUUUAUUGAAGGCGUAUGUAAGGGAGAAACCAAUAAAGGCUUGGAAAACUAUUUUAUCUAGAAUACACAUGUAAAAUUAAACGGAAUACAAUUCAGUAAUAUAUCUAAACUUUCCAAAGAAUGUAACAAUAAACAACUUAAUAAUUUUGUAUCAAUAAUUUUUAUCAAACAACAUAAAAAUUGGUAAGUAUAAAUACAAUUUGAUAGAACUGUGUUCCUUGUAACAUAGUAAUAGGUUUAAUUUACUUAGCGUAGUAAGUUUCGUCAGUCAGGCUGCAAAUGAGUUUAACUGCAUAACUCUGUGGCAUAACUCUUCUAGAAAAAGUAUUACUGUAUAUAUUGACAACUACAUACAUUUGUGUUUAAGUAUUGUUACAAUUUAGAAGUAGGUAAAUAUAAAAGUAAUUCAAACAUGAAAUGGUUUCACAACUGAAUAACUUAUACAGUUAAUGGUAAAUAACAUGCAAAGUAAUUUAAUAAUAAUUCUUAAUAUCCAUUUGUAGUAUGUAUAUGUAUUAUAUACAGUUAAUUUUAACUGAACCAGUUAAAAUAAGCAUUAUUCAGUUAUAUAUUUUGUUUCCGAUGUUAAACUAACAUUAUUGGUUUUCUUUGAGAUUACGACUAUUUACUUUACUUUAUCGUAAAUUUUUACUUUACUUUAUCGUAAAAGGCCUUAAAACUGCGAAAAUAUUUACCACUAACUGUACCACUAAUUUACUGUUUAGUUAAUCUUAAGAUAUAUACUUUAUGGUAAUUAAGUAUCAGUUAUCACAUAUUAGUAUGUAAGUUUGAUAUAUUGAAUAUCUUUAUGUUAAAAAUUUAAGUAAAGCCUCGUAUUUAUGGUAAACAUUUGUUAAGCAAUAGUUGAUCAACAAUGUUGCUGGAAUCUUUAAAUGUUGAAGUAUCCCAGGCGAGAACUUUUUAAAAUGCAUUAAAAACUCUGAAAUUGAAAUGUUGCCAGCAAUACAUGCUAACCAUAAAUACAGGGCUUGAUAAAAAAUUGAAACCAGUGUCUCAUGAAUCAUUUAAUUUAAUCCAAUUUUGGAUUUUGUAAAUAUAAUUUUAAAUAUACAAACAUUUAAAGUUUAGCUCGAGUUUUAAAGAAACUGUAAAAAUAAAUGGUACUCGUAAUUUAAUUAGUUUAAAAGUUUGAUGUGUUUUGUUUAUUGUCGUAUCAAGCGAGUGGAGCUUGCACAAACUAGUCGUUACAAUAAGAUGAUGGAUUAAGUGUUGGUCUUUAAUUUUAAAGUAGUUUUUUAAAUAGGUAUUUCAAAUGUCGUAAAUUUUAUUUUCAUGUGUAAAAUAUUACGUUUUAAAAUGUGAAUUGUGUGUUUGUUAUUGGAAAUAAUGGUGGCACUGGCUUCUAUUGUACAUUGAUUGUGUGGUUUAGUAUAAUUAUAAUUUUAUUAUUAAAGAUCAAGAAGUAAUAGGAAUUCUCUAAAGCUGAAAAAAUAAAUUUUUAUACUUUUCUUGCUUAUCACUCCAUCAUAAUUUUUUUGUGUUGGGUAACAUCUUCGGAAGCAGUGAUUAGUAUUUACAUAAGUGACUAUUUGAAAUGUGCGUUUUGUAAAUGGUCUCCACACUCUGUGAUUUUUGUAUAUAAUACGUUAUUGAUUACGCAAAUAAAGUUUUCAACAUUCA